CUCUGUUAACACUCACAUUCUGAAUCCUGGAACGUUCCUCAACGUAACAAAACAGGCGAUUCAUGGACAGAUAGCAAAGUCCCAGUUUACUUUUACAGUUUAAAUUCUUGUUAUCUGUCAUCCAAGCGCUCAUUAUGGCUGUGGCUGAAGCAAUGAUGCCCGCAGUAGCAGCGUUUCCAAGUGUCCAAGCGAUGGAGGGAAAACAUUUUGUCAAUAUCUGCAAGGUGGAUGAAUGUGCUCGCCGUAGCGCAACAGGUGACGCAGACAACCCUCUCCUGGAAGUGGAGUUCAGCAUUGUGCAGUCACCUGCGUUCCCCCCCAAAGACGACGACGACUUGGGGAAAUUCUUGGACCUCGAGUUCAUUUUGUCAAACACAAUCGACUCCGAUGUUGGGAGCAACAACGGGAACCUUUCUCCCCCUCAGCAAUGCGUGUACUUUCUGCCGGAGUCACCGGAGAGCUGCAGCUCUGUGCCAGACAGCAACGAACACCCUCCGGCUCCGAUGGCUGCGCAGAGCUACCACGGGAUGGUGAGCUUUGCGGGAUCCAGCCCUGUCCACAGUCUCAUGGCGGAGCUUCUCACGCCAGAGAUCGGCUACCCCGGGGAGAGUUCACCGGAGAGCGCAGGCAAGGCGAGAAACCAGAUGGAGUACACCGAACUACGAGCGUUGAAUCCGGGCACCGUUCCAGCAACUCCGGCUCAUCACCAAGCGGCCACUUCUCCUCCCCCGCUUGGAUACAAAAUUAAAACCGAGCCUGUAGACCAGUCAUGUAUGAUGGGUGCUGGUGGGGACUUUAUGGGACAACUGUAUGAAAGGCACCACAUGCGCCCAGUGCACCAAGCCGCUUUUACGCACCACCAUGCCACAGUUCCAGGUGCUUUGCAGGGAUUCAGUGCACACUCAGUGCAACAUGCAUCUCAAGUGCGCACAGACUGCCAUUUGGCGCAAAUGAACUCUCAUCCGAAUCAUCACCAUGUCAACAAUCAGUACAUGAACGCGCCUUACCAGCCGCAGUAUGCGCACCAGCGUUUGGCACAGUUUCAAGGACAGUACAGCAUUCACAGAGAGCCUGUCCACGUUCACCAGCAGCAGCAUCCCGCUUCUGUUCAGGGGGUGAUGCUCACUCCUCCAUCUUCGCCAUCAUUGCUGGAGUUUUACGCACAGGAUGAUUUGGGAAGCAUCAAGCAGAAGAGAGGCAGAAGGUCGUGGGCAAGGAAACGGGCAGCGACGCACAGCUGCGAUUUCCCUGGCUGUGGAAAAACCUACACCAAGAGCUCCCACCUCAAGGCCCACAUGAGAACACACACAGGUGAAAAGCCCUACCACUGUAACUGGGAAGGAUGCGGUUGGAAGUUCGCAAGGUCAGAUGAGUUGACCCGUCACUUCAGAAAGCACACCGGACAUCGCCCUUUCCAGUGCCAUAUGUGCGAGCGGGCAUUUUCACGCUCAGAUCACCUGGCUCUCCAUAUGAAGAGGCACAUGUAGACCAUAUUGAACUUUUGCACCCAUCAUUCCUGGAUCUUCCCAGCAGAAGAAGCAAGAGUUGGUGCCUCACUUUUGGACAGUUUGUGCAUACGGCCCAAACCAAUGACACAAAACGUCCCUGUAGGAAUCUUGGUGUGUGGUGUGAGUUAAACAAAACACACGUUUGUUACUAUAGGAUCCUUUUAAUGUUUUCAAAAGUCAAGUGCCUCUCCAUGUAAACGAAGAAUGAAUGCUGGUGGAUUGUGUACAUAUCUGUGGAUAUAAGAACUUUGGAUAAAUUGAGUUUGUAUUUAAGACCUUUUCACCCUUUCUAUCAAAUAAGUUAUUGUUAGUAAGUGCCUUAACAAGACUGGGUUUUACCCUCCAAAAGGGAAAAAACUCACUGUGGGCAGGACCCAGAUUUUUGUACAUAUUGUAAAUUGUAUUUUUGGAAUGUUUACAUCUUAUAUCUUUGAUACUACUCAAAUCAGGUCAGGGUUUUUAUUGACACUUUUGUAUUAUUCUUUCUCAAGGUUGUUGUUAGUCUACACAAUAGAUGUUAUAGAUAUGCUGCACAGUGUAGGCUUGGCUUACAUUUCAGACUUCUGCUCUGUGCUUUAGCUCGAGCAUUGCUAAAUUCAGGUACUAUGGCUCAUUUUCAAUCAAUUUGAGCAUUCCAAAAAACCUUACUUCACUCGAUUCAAAUGUCAAAUUUUACAGUGCAGUGUUUUCUGGGGAAACAACACGUAUGCUGUUAUGGUGUGUUUUUUUAAGAAUGAAGAAAUCGACUGCAACCAAUGGUUGUUCAAUGUGUCACUUUUAAACAUUACAAUUGUUUAUGUGUUUAAGGGCUCAGAAAAUAAAAGUACUUUUAUCUGCC